CGUUUAAAGGACCAGCAAUAAAUUACCCAUUUAGAAUGAACGGUCACGUUAUACUCAUUUGUAUGCACAUACGUGGUUGGGUCAAACCUGGUAUAUCCAUACCUUCCGGAAAAAUGAGCAUGCACGUUUCAAGAAUGAGAUUUUCAGCUCUCCCAACUAACCUGCAAACUCGACACGGAAAUUUGUACCUUGUUGCAGAAGGUUUAAUUUACGUACAUAAUCUUCCGGAAGAAGUCGAAGGAAAUGUGUAUCUGUCUUCUUUUGAUAGUUUAUUAUGUAAUGUUUCUCUCGCGGUCACAUUUUUCUCAAACCCUCAGGCUUCUUACGGCAUUCCCAUCACACCGCUUACACUCUCCUCAAAUGAUCCUAAUCGGAGGGCGACAACGAGUACCACUGUUAGUCGUACUAGCAAGAGGUACUCGGUGACCGCACUUUACUCAAUGGCAGCUGAACAAGAUGUUGAAGUAGAAGAUGACUUGGCCAGAGCACAAAAGCGUUUACGUGAAUUAAAAAGUAGAAUCUCAGCGCAAUCAAAGAAGAAUUUUGUUCUGGAACGAGACGUUAGAUAUUUGGACUCUCGCAUUGCACUAUUGAUUCAGAAUCGAAUGGCAUUGGAUGAGAAACAAGAAGUUGAAAGCCACCUCGAUGAUACGGAGGCUGAGAGUGGUUCAUUCCCGGAUGAUCGUAAAUUACAGCAAUAUGGAAAUUUAUUUUUCCUCCUACAAACUGAACCACGCCAUAUUGCGACUUUAUGUCGCCUGGUCAGUUUGACAGAAAUUGAUACCUUAUUGCAGACAGUUAUGUUCACGUUAUAUGGUAAUCAAUAUGAGAGCAGGGAGGAGCAUUUGUUGUUGACCAUGUUUCAGUCUGUACUCUCUGCACAAUUUGAAACGACACCGGACUUCAAUUCAUUGUUGCGAGCAAACACACCGGUCUCAAGAAUGAUGACAACAUAUACGCGACGUGGACCUGGUCAAAGUUAUUUAAAAUUAGUACUGUCGGAACUGAUUAACAGUUUGAUAGAACACAAGGAUCUAAACCUGGAGAUCAAUCCGUUAUUAGUAUAUGAACAAUGGAUUAAAACUAAGGAAGAAGAAGGCACAUUAACAGAUGAUAUUCCACGUAGCGUAACAGAAGAAUAUGCUGCUUCUAAUGAGACCGUUAAGUCAAUUAUAGCGCCUCGUAUAACAAUGUUGAUGGAUAUUGCAAAUUCUUUUCUUAAAACAAUAAUGAGCUCCAUUGAACAAACGCCGUAUGGUAUACGAUGGAUCUGUAAACAGAUUAGAUCAUUGACGAAACGGAAGUUUCCAGACUGUAGUGAUUAUGCGAUCUGCUCGCUGAUUGGAGGAUUUUUCUUCUUACGGUUUAUAAAUUCUGCCAUCGUUACACCACAAACAUACAUGCUGGUCGAUGGACUACCGAGUAAACACCCACGACGGACAUUGACACUGGUCGCCAAGAUUUUACAAAAUCUCGCAAACAAACCAUCUUAUAAGAAGGAAGAAUAUAUGAAAAUGUUUGAUCCUUUUGUAGAAAAUAAUAAGCAAAGGAUUAAUAAGUUUCUGCUGGAAUUAUGUGAAGUAGGAGAUUUCUAUGAAAGUUUAGAGAUGGAUCAAUACAUGGCGCUUUCAAAAAAGGAUCUAAUUCUACAUAUCACAUUGAAUGAAGUAUACAACACACAUGCUUUGCUUGUUCAACACCAGGAUGUUUUGGCGCCCUCGGAAAAAAAUCACUUACGCAUACUUCUCGAUGAAGUGGGUCCAGCUCCUCCGCAAGUAGGGAGAAAGGAGAACAAAACCAUCGAACUUCCAUUAUUUAGCAGAUGGGAGACCCCAAUACAAGAUCUUGCUACGGCGCUUAUGUCCGACAAUAGUGUGACGCAAAAUGACAUUUUAUAUAUGGAAACAAAAUCUAUAUUCGUGCAAAUCAUUCGGUCUAUCCCAAAGUUGGCUGACAAACGACCAAUCGACCUUCCCCGAAUCGCCGAGAUAGCUGCAACAGCAAAAGAUGCUACUUUGGUCCGUAAAGGGAUCAAAGUAAAAGAGAUGCUUCGGGAACUUGAAGAAGUAGGAGUUAUAGAUCAUAAGGAUGAAUAUCAUCUCAUGACAGAAGAAGUUGUUCAAGAAUUAACACAUCUUGGCAAUCUUCGUGAAAAAGUUAAAGAAGAAAUUCGUUCUCUCGAAGCGGUAUAUAAGACUAUAUGUGAUCAUAACAAUUACUUGAGAAGUCAGCUAGACAGUUACAAAGCCUAUUUACAAAAUGUACGGCAACAAACUUCAAAAGAUUCAGUUGGAGGACCUGGGUCAAGUGUAGUUAAGGUGGGAGACAAAGAAAAGAAGCCUGUAAAAAUGAAAGUAUUAGGACCAUAUAAAUUUACGCAUACUCAGUUGGAGAGGGAUGGUGUCAUCGUGGAAAGCAAUGUUCCUGAAAAUCGGAGACAAAAUAUUUAUUUCAAUAUUACAUCACCGAUACCCGGAACAUUUAUCAUUGCACUUCAUUACAAGGGACGUGACGCUGCCAUCCUGGAGAUGGAUCUCAAGUUGGACGAUCUGUUGGAAAAGCAACAAGAUAACGUCGUAUCAUUGGACCUCGAAUAUGUACAACUGAAUGUGAACAAGAUUCUAUCGCUGCUGAAUAAGACAUUCGCUAAAAGAAAGACGGAUUCAACCGGUGCCUGGGGCAAGUUGUGCCUCCCCACAUGCGUGCAAUAUCCGAUUAAUUAA